GGCCAAAAAACCGUUCCUUAUCCAUUCACCUCACGUAAAACAAACACCCCGCCAGCCGUAGGCCACUCCCUUCACUCCGCAUCACUCUGCCAAAAAAAUCUCAGCUCUCAGAUCUCCGAUUACCGACUCUCUCUCUCAUCGAUGGCCGGCGCGCUCGAAACCUUCACAGUCCGCGGAGCCGCCGGUUUUCCGGCUGCCACGUUGUUGGCUCCCAUCGGGAGCUCGUCAGUGUGUGCGCUCUCCGGUAACCGGAAAUCGGUCAGGUUACCGGUAAUCAGAGGACUCAAGAUCCAGGCUGCUUAUACGGGUCGGUCUUUCGGAUCGUUUGGUCCGAGUCCGAGACCCGGUCGGCGCGGGGCACGAAUUGUGUGCGAGGCUCAGGACACCGCCGUCGAAGUGGCUUCUGUCACUGAUGCAACUUGGCAGUCACUUGUCCUCGAGUCUGUUUCCCCUGUUCUGGUCGAAUUCUGGGCCCCAUGGUGUGGUCCAUGCCGAAUGAUCCACCCUGUUAUUGAUGAAUUGGCAAAGCAAUACACUGGGAAGCUGAAAUGCUACAAGGUGAACACUGAUGAGAGUCCUUCAAUUGCAACUCGAUACGGGAUCCGUAGCAUCCCUACUGUCAUGAUUUUCAAGGAUGGAGACAAGAAAGACACAGUUAUUGGUGCUGUUCCCAAAUCAACACUGACCACCAGCAUAGAAAAAUUCUUGUAGAGGUGGUAAGAAUUACCAAUCCCUAGUGGAUUCGUUUCUUGUAUUUGUUUCAUCCCUCGUUAGUUAAUUAUGCAAGUUCAGACACACAGCCUCAAUAAACUCAAUAUGCUGCUCCUGUAUAGUUGCUGGUUGCUGCUGUACUUCCUGUUUUGAUCAGAUUAGUUGUAUAUGUCUUACAUUUUUCAAAUGACUUAUUUUGUGUGAAUGGAUUGAAUUCUCUCUGUUUUUCCA